AACAUCAGCGUGUCCGCGCGCCGGAGCCCCUCUGAUUCAAAACAAACAAACAAACAAACAAACAAACAAAGAACGGAGUGGAUCAGUAAAUAAACAGAAGAGGGAGUUUAGCGCGGAGCGGCGGAGGACAGAGGGAACAUCAGAGUGGCGAGCGAGGAGCUGGAGGCGGCGCUCCUGGAUCAGGAUCUGAGGCGGGACCGGAGCUCCUGGUUCACGUUCGUGUCUGAAGUCGACCUUUUGGCUCAUCUGCACGCAGCCGGCCAUGCUGUGUGGAAGCUGGAGUAACAGAGCUGCCGGUGGAGCUAUGUGUUGAGGGUUUUAUCUCGGACUGUUCCCACCUGGAGCGUUGCUGAAUUUCCCCUCCGGCUGUCAGAAGAAGAAACUUGUUUUGACCAUGGGGAGGAAGAAGAUCCAGAUCACCAGGAUCCUGGAUGAGAGGAACCGACAGGUGACGUUCACCAAGAGGAAGUUCGGUCUGAUGAAGAAGGCCUACGAGCUCAGCGUUCUCUGUGACUGUGAAAUCGCCCUCAUCAUCUUCAACAGCUCCAACAAGCUGUUCCAGUACGCCAGCACCGACAUGGACAAAGUCCUGCUCAAAUACACCGAGUACAACGAGCCGCACGAGAGCAGAACCAACUCCGACAUCGUGGAGGCUCUGAACAAGAAGGAGCACCGCGGCUGCGACAGCCCCGACCCCGAGGCCUCGUUCGUCCUCACCCCCCACACCGAGGAGAAGUACAAGAAGAUCAACGAGGAGUUCGACAACAUGAUGAGGAACCAUAAGAUGUUGACCGGUCUUCCCCAGCAGAGCUUCAUGCCCGUGGCUCCAGGCAGCCUCAGCUACAGCCCUGCAGCAGGAGGCGGCGGGACGUCCCAGACUCUGGCUGACAGCGGCGUCCUGCCCUCAUCACACACACACACACACUUCCACAGGAACAUCACCUCUCCACAGAGACCGCCCAGCACGGGGAAUACAGGUGGCCUGCAUGGUGGCGCUGAUCUGGGUCUUCAGAAUGGUUCUGGACCAGUUGUGAACGGCUUCGUGAGUCCAGCAGGGGGCAGCAGCCUGAAGAACCUGACCACCAAAUCUCCUCCUCCUCCUCCUCCUCCUGCCGCCGGCGGCCUCGCCUCCGCCAGCCGCAAGACCGACCUGCGGGUCGUCAUCCCUCCAUCCAGCAAGGCCAUGAUGCAAACCCAGGGUAACCAGCGGCUGAGCAUCAGUGAGUCCAGCCAGCCUCUGUCCACGCCGGUGGUGUCCAUCACCACGCCCAGCCUGCCGCACCACAGCAGCAUCUACAGCAGCAUCAGCUCCGCCUACAACAACGAUUUCUCUCUGAGCAGUGCGGAGCUGUCGGGCUUCAGCUCUCCUGCAGGCCGGCCGCUGGGCUCGCUGGCAGCCUGGCAGCAGCAGCAGGCCUCUCUGGGCAGGCCAGGCAGCUCCAGCCUCUCCGGCAGCACCGACCACAACAUCAACAUCAAAGCCGAGCCCAUCUCCCCGCCUCGCGACCGCCUCGGCCAAUCAGCGUACAUGACCCAGGCUCCUCCUCCUCCGCCGCCUCUUCAUCCUCCUCCUCCCCACCCCUCCUCCUCCUCCUGCAGGGCGGAGACGGGCAGAUCUCCAGCGGACAGCGUCAGCUCCUCCUGCAGCUCGUACGAAGGCCUCAGCGACCGGGACGAGCAGCAGCAGCAGCAGCAGCAGCGGCCGGACUUCCGCUCGCCUCCUGCAGGGGGCGCCGGCCGGCCCGACGGCGGCGAGAGUCCUACAGUCAAACGCCUGCGAAUGGACAGCUGGGUGACAUAAGAUGCACGCAGCCAAUCGGGUCGCGCCGCGCAGCGCCGGGGCAAACACAGGAAGGACACUCGUAUGCAAAUGAAGUGAUUUUACAGAUCUGUGCUUAUUGUUCUUAUAAUUAUCAUCUGCAACAACGAUUCGUGUAAUAAUGCUGCAUUUUACAAUAACCUUCCAACUUUCCACAGUGUAAUACAUUUUCCCUUCAUUUUGUAAUAACUCGUCACAUUUUGUAAUAAAAACACUGAAUGCAAAUGUAAUAAAUUGGAUUAAUUGGAUCUGGGGUCUAUGAACAGGUAUUACAAACACUGCCCUCACAUUAAGCUCCACCAGGGGGCGUGGCCUGGGCUGCUGUGGGUGUGUCUGGGAGCAGUGUGGGCGUGGCUUGGAACGGUCUGAAAGCUGCAGUUGGAUUCUCUUAAAAAAGUGAAGAAUCAGCCUCUAGGGAGCAUGAGCCACUUUUUUUUUCAGAAUAGUGCAAUCUAGUGCAAAUUAAUUAAACAAAAUAAAAACCUGUGGCUCGAGCUGGGCAAUAUCUCCAUAUUAAACUGAUAUUGUGAUAUGAGACUACCUGACUGGCUGGUCGAUUAUUCACUUUAGUUAUUAUAUAGGCAUUCAUCAAAAUGCCUACUUGUCAAAAAUCUCAUUCAUCAAACAUGUCACUGUGUCAAUAUUUUGUGAAAGCACCAGCAGUUUUUCAAAUUCAGUGUCAUCACAUUAUCGAUAACGAGGUAUUUGGUCAAAAAUAUUGUGAUAUUUGAUUUUGACCGUAUUGCCCCGCCCUAACUGUGGCAUGUCAGUAUGUAAUUCACUGAAUUAUUACAUAUUUAUUAAAAUGAAAAACGUGCAAGUAUUGCAUCAGCUUAUGUGAAGCAGCUGUGGUAAGUUGUUACAAAAUGCAGGCAAAUUUCUUAAAGGAAUAUUCCAACAUUUUGGGCAAAAUCCCCCUUUUCUCGACUUCCCCAGCCUGAGACCAGAUGUUGGACACCAUCUGGUCUCAGUCGCCUCAAAACCUUAUUUUUUUAAUUAUUUUUUUUUAAAUGUUGCAAGUUAUUAGAAAAUGAGGGGAAAAUUUAUUAUAUUUUGGAAGGUUAUGUGGUGUUAUUGCAUCGUGACUUGUUACAGUCCUUGUUUUAUUUUUUUUGUUUGUUGGGUUCUGCGCUCCUCAGAACUGUUUUCUUCAGCUUCUCAGCACCAUGCGAGACCUGGUCCUGGUCAAAUCAAACUUUACUGGCACCGUGGACGGCUGCUGCGGUCGUGCUCGGCGGGACGCAGCGCCCAGGAGAAACGCCGCCAUGUUGAGCGCUCGUCUUCUCAGGGUUCAAAUCAUCGAACGAGUCCAACCUGAAAGCAAUACUGUCACUGUCACCUCCUCGUCUCUCCUCUGGACAACACUUAUUUAUAUCAGCCAAAGCAGUGUGCUGUUUGCUACAUCGUCUGUGUGUGUGUGUGUGUGUGUGUGUGUGUGUGUGUGUGUGUGUUUUUACAUUGUGCUCUGAAUGAAACAAUAUUUCCUUCCGAUUCUGAUUUCAAACUGAAAGCCAUGGACACGUCUUCUUCUAUAUGUAUUAAAAAACAACUUCUUUGUAGUUUUGUACAUACUAACUUUAAUAUGUGAUCACUUUUGGUGUAACUGUUGUGUUGUCAGCUCGACCUGCGUCGCCGUCACAUUCACCUUCACCAGGUUCUUAAAAGGUUUAUUUUUGUGAAUGAUUACCAGGUUUACAGAAGCAUUUUCCCUCUGACCCCGAAUCCAUCAGAUAAAGUGAUUUCGUAAAGUUGACUCAACACAGAAACUACAACAGCGUAUCAGGGCCACUGUAGGAAAAAACAAUCAUGGAGCUGGGGAAGGGGAGUAAUAUUACAAGAAAAAAAACUCAGGGUUUAUGGGAUUUUAAAAAACUCACAAAUUUGUGAGAAAAAAAGAAUGGAAAAAUAAUUUUUCUUAUCUUUCUUACAUAGUAGAAGAAAAAGUACUUUUCCCAGGUUUAUAAUCUCAGAAUCUUUUUUAUUUUUUCUCAU